CAAUACCUAACCUAAAAACGUAAACCAUACACAACACAUGUAAUUUGACUAAAAAACAAUUUUCAGAAUGGGUGCAACAAAACCUAUCUUUCGUGAUCUUAAUCCAGAUGAUCCCGAACCUGAAGCAACGGAAAUUGAAUCACUUUGCAUGAAUUGUCAUGAAAAUGGCAUAACAAGAUUACUUUUAACAAAAAUUCCUUUCUUUAAGGAAUUGGUGCUGAUGUCCUUUACUUGUGAACACUGUGGUUAUCAGAAUAACGAAAUUCAAUCUGGCGCGCCUAUUGCCGAGAAAGGAGUGCGAAUAACUUUAACCGUAUCAACAAAAAGAGAUCUAAACAGACAAGUGGUAAAAAGUGAUUAUACCAGUGUAAAAUUACUAGAGUUAGAUUUCGAAAUCCCUGCAAAAAGCCAAAAGGGAGAGGUAACUACUGUUGAAGGUGUUAUCAAUAGGAGUAUAGCAGGAUUAGAGCAAGAUCAACCUGUUAGGAAAAUUGAACAUCCUGAAGCAGCAAAGCAAAUUGAAGAGUUUAUAAAUAAAUUACAAGAAUUGAAAGAAGUAAAAACUUCAUUUACACUAAUGUUAGAAGAUAUUUCUGGGAACAGUUUUAUAGAGAAUCCAAAUGCUCCCAGGAUUGAUAACUCCUGUAUAACUACACAUUUUAUCAGAAACAAAGAGCAAGACCAUGAAUUGGGCCUUUUUAGUCAAAGUGAAAUAACAGGUGAGGAGGAAAGUGCUAUACUGCAUCCUAUUUCUGAAGGUGAAUUUACAUUAGAAGAUUUAGAAGGGGAAGUAUUACAAUUUCCAACAAAUUGCCCUUCUUGUAAUUCUCCUUGUCAAACCAAUAUGAAAAUGACAAAUAUUCCACACUUUAAAGAAGUAGUGAUUAUGGCAACUACAUGUGAUGCAUGUGGACAUAAAACAAAUGAAGUUAAAUCAGGAAGUGGGAUAGAACCAAAAGGUCUUAAAAUUGAAGUAGAUAUCAAAAGUAAGGAAGAUUUCUCUAGAGAUUUACUGAAAUCUGAAACAUGUUCCCUUGGCAUACCCCAAUUAGAUCUUGAGGUGGGUCCCCAUGCAUUAGGAGGUAGAUUUACUACUGUAGAAGGCAUUAUACUAGCUAUUAAAGAUCAACUGAGUGAUCCAAAACAUUCACAUAUUUUUGGUGAUUCAGUAGAUCCUAAAUCAAAACAAGAAUUUGAAGCCUUCUUAAACAAAUUUGAAGAUAUUCUUUCUGGAAAAUUAUCUGUUACAUUGGUAUUGGAUGAUCCAGCUGGUAAUAGUUACAUUCAAACAAUGAGGGAUGAUAGUCAGCCUGACGAGGGUCUACGGAUUAUACAUUAUGAAAGAACAUUUGAACAAAAUGAAGAGUUGGGACUUAAUGAUAUAAAUACAGAUAAUUAUUAAUUUUAUUUACUGAUAUGUAUAUAUGUGGACCUGUCGAUAUUUUUGUAUAUGUAUUGUAAAUAAAUUAUUUACUACUGCU